AGAGCCUGAUUUGCCACCUGGGAGCGGAACCUGACAGUGGCGCCCUCCUCCAGCGCUCCAUAGUCACUCUGUCCUUCCCUCCUGCUCUCUUCCGGACGUUAGCAGAGGACUGGGACUCGCGAGAGAGGACUCACGGACCUCUAGGACCUAUUAACUUGACAGACCCGCCCCUCUGUUCAAUCCCAACUCGGAGAACUGAGCGUCAUCCUCGAGAGUAAAGAAAGCUCUUAGAGGUGUUGCUUUUUUUUUUCUUUCUUUUUUUCUUUUGACAAACCUGUCUUAAAUGUCAGUCCAAUAUCCACGGGGGCGAGCCACAGCAGGUGAGAAACCUGGAAAUGAGCCUGAAGAGGUGAAGCUGCAGAAUGCCAGCAAACAGAUUGUGCAGAAUGCAAUCCUGCAAGCUGUGCAGCAAGUCUCCCAGGAGAGUCAGCGCAGGGAAGAGAGAAUCAGUGACAACCAGGGCCACAUCCAACUGGGCGUUGGGGAGUUAACCAAGAAGCAUGAAAAGAAGUAACAUGGUGGAUUUUGCUCUUGACAUGUGCUUGGUUUCUAGCCUUCCUCUUAGUGUAGGACGCAUCACCAAAAUGUUGCCAAUAAAGCAAACCGAAGUGUCACUGGCACCUAGCUGUAGAAUGAAUUCGCACUAGCCCCUGGCUGAGAAGCACUGUUGUGAAAAAGUGCAUUAGACCAUUCUGUUCAUAUUUAUGCAGUGCCUCUGAGACACAGUGGGGCCAAAUAUGACACUGUAAUUGCAAAGUCAUUUUGCAGGCCAAUUUAUUUGGAAAGUUCUUUGAUUUGAAAAGAAGAAUUCUAUGUCUCGUUUAUUUACUUCUGCCUUUUAUGCAUUCCUUCUGUGAAUUUAACAAGCAGUCUUUUUGCUGAAAUACUGAGUACAGUACUGAGUUCUUUAUAAUAUAUUUAAAAGACAUGCUAGAAAGGUGAGGGAAUGGAGUUUUAGUUACCUUCAAAUGUGAAAUUGAGGCUUUUAUAAGGUGGGUUCAGGUCUAAGAUCAAAUUAAGCAAAGGGAAAGUCUAAGGCUGAGUCCCUCAGGAUCAUACCAAGGCAUUUAUUAAUAUUUAUGUUAUUUUAAGAAAGGGAGGAGUUUAAGCUUCUCAAGAACUCAGUCUUUUAGUCCCAAUACUCUGAAUAUUUCAUAAUUGGUGUUCAUGCUCUGCGUAGAAAUAUUUUGGGAAUAUUAUGGAUUUCUUGUCUCAUCUCAAGAUUAAAUAAAAUAAGACAAGUGAGUCUACACAUGUGAGUUGCCAAUGACUCAAUUUCUUAGCAGCCUCAUGGAGAAUGGCUAGAAUUGUCGAUUUCUUCAACAGCUGCCUAUCAUUAAGAGACUUACACGUGGGGCUGACUAUGGGGUGUAACAUCCUUGGAAGGGAUUCUGGGGUCCUUACAAAUGCUGUUUUGCAACCAGGCUAUGCAUUUGCAUUAGGACCUUACUAACUUUUCCCAACCACACGUUAAAAUUAUUUUUUUGAGAUUAUGAAAAUCACACAGUUCGGGAAUACAUGAGAAUACGAUAGGGACAGUAAAGUGACAGUGUUUUGAAUGCAGUGACAGAGAUAUGUGUGUGUACAUGUGUAACAAAAGUGUCUGUGCAGCAACAGGCUUGAUCCCUGCUCCACUUCUGUGAGAAUAAUGCACGUAUUUCUGGAGUAUCUAGAGUCCCAUUUCCUGGGCUUCACAAAAGUUAUUGAAUUGGUGCUAUUGGGGACAGAGGAAUAAUUUGACCUUGGUUAAAAACCUUCUGGUUUCAGAGUAUCAAUAUCUACGUUUGAUUUUUUUUAAAGCAAAGUAUUAUGGUUUGAAGUGUGACUGAUAUUAAGAUAUACUUCUAAAAUUCCAGUAUGCUACAGUUUCUAGAAUAAAUCUUUGCAUAAAAAAUAAUGAAUGAAAAAAUGUCAGUUUUGUUAUGCUAGCGCCCACAGUGCACAGGUGGAAUAAAUUCACAGGAAACAUGGCUGGAGAAGGAAGCAGAAGGGCUUACAAUUUAAGCUUGUUUACUCACAGGUGUUUCUUUUAGCAGAAUUCAUGCUAAGUGAAGAGUGAGUUUCAGUUGACCAAAAUUCAUAUAACUGAUGUGAUAUAAUUGCAUAGCAUACAUAAUGGGAAUGAAGGUAUCCAGGGAAAUUAUUCAGGAGUGCCACAAAUAAAAUAAAUAAAUAAAUCUAAUGCUUGUAGUUUGUAAGUGAUCGGUACUGUGUCUACUCAGAUAUUUGGAUAUGACCAGCCUUUGUUUUUGCUGUCAAGUGACAGAAACAUAUAAACAUACUAUUUUUCCUCUCUGAUAUGUCUGUACUAAAAAAUUGGGAAUUUUUGGAACAUCUUAUUGACCUCUGUAUCUAAAUGUUAUUUAUAAAUAAAACAUAUACAGCUUUGAAAUAUUUUAA